AUGCAAGAAGCUGAACUUUUAUCUAGCAAGUGCGGGGAGAGUCCGAAAGUUGCAAUUGAACCAGUAGUCGAGUGGAGAAGGGACAAUUAUGAAAAUGCCAAGCUCUAUAAGGAGAGAACCAAGAAGUGGCAUGACGACCGCAUAAACAACCAGACAUUCGUCGAAGGGAAGUUGAAAUCCCACUGGUUUGGGCCAUUCCGCAUCAAGACUAUUUUUCCUCACGACACAAUGGAGCUGACAACUGAAAAUGGAAGCAACGCAUUUAAAGUCAAUAGUCAACGAAUUAAACCCUACUUUGGGGGAGAUGUGGAUCGACACAUGGAGACCAUCGACUUAGGCAAGCAGGAUUAA